AAAAUAAUGCCUUUGUGUUUUCAAGCGGCUUGUAUGACUGCGCGGGUCGCUCGUCUGUUCGUCAUUCAUCGGGGUGAGCGGUUCACUCGUACUGUUACCCUUUCGGUUCUGCGGUACGAGCUCGGGCGACUUUAUUGUGAAGUAGCAGCUUCUGCGCGCAACGAUCCUCUGGCGCACUCGGAGGAACAUGGCAGCCGCUACCGUGGCUGAAGCAGACCCAGCAGAGACAGAUGGAGCUGCAGCCGUCUUUACGGAUCUACUCGACCCGGGCUGGAAUGAAUCGCAGCUUCGGCAAUAUACGUUCCAAACCAGACCGAUACCACGACUCUCACAUACUGAUCCGCGUGCAGAGAUGUUAAUUAAUAACGAGGAGCCUGUUGUAUUAACAGACACCAGCUUGGUAUAUCCAGCUCUGAAAUGGGACAUACCCUACUUGCAAGAGAACAUUGGGAAUGGGGACUUCUCUGUUUACAUAGCAGAAAAUCACAAAUUCUUGUAUUAUGACGAGAAAAAAAUGGUAAACUUUAAGGACUUUGUGCCCAAGUCACGCCGAAUAGAGAUGAAAUUUUCAGAGUUUGUGGACAAGAUGUGUCAAACAGAAGAGCAAUGUGGAAAAGAAAGAUUGUACUUGCAGCAAACUCUGAAUGAUACAGUAGGCCGAAAAAUAGUGGUGGAUUUCCUUGGAUUCAAUUGGAACUGGAUUAACAAACAGCAAGCUAAACGAAACUGGGGGCCGCUGACUUCGAAUUUGCUGCUCAUAGGCAUGGAAGGCAAUGUGACACCAGCACACUAUGAUGAGCAACAGAAUUUCUUUGCACAAAUCAAAGGACAUAAGAGGUGCAUCCUCUUUCCUCCUGACCAGUUUGAAUGCCUCUAUCCUUACCCUGUUCAUCAUCCAUGUGACAGACAAAGUCAGGUUGAUUUUGAAAAUCCUGACUAUGAAAAGUUUCCUAAUUUCAAAAAUGCCAUUGGAUAUGAGGCUGUUGUGGGACCAGGUGAUGUCCUAUACAUCCCAAUGUAUUGGUGGCAUCACAUUGAGUCCCUGUUAAAUGGAGGAGUGACCAUCACAGUAAACUUCUGGUACAAAUAUUGCACAAAUUCCCUUCAGGGUGCACCCACUUCAAAGAGGAUAGAGUACCCAUUGAAAGCUCAUCAGAAGGUGGCCAUAAUGAGGAACAUUGAGAAGAUGUUGGGAGAGGCCUUGGGGGACCCACAUGAGGUUGGUCCAUUGCUGAACAUGAUGAUAAAGGGUCGAUAUGAUCAUGAACCAAAUUAAUGGCCUGAGCUGAACCCUCUUUAGUGUGCUGCUAGGAUGAUUUGUUUAUAUGUAUGUGUGGAUAUGAGUAUAUGCGUGCGUGUGCAUUCAUGCAAUCCCAGUGCAUGGCAGUAUUUUGGCAGUUGGAAAAAUCGUAUGCCUUUUGUCUGCUUUCAUUUACCGGACCCUUUAUUACUUGUUUUGUGUUGGUGUAAGGAGAAUACCACUAGUCCUUAAGAAUCCUUAUGUCCAUAUGUGUGACAUUACAUAAUAAUUAAUAGUCUAAUGCAUUAGGUGAAGCUUUAAAGCACUUACACCACUUAGAGCGCUCUUUGACAGUUUUUGUCCCAUGUUGGGACAAAGAAGGUGCCAUAUUUCAUGAUUGGACACCUGUACUCUGCAGAAUGAAACUGACAGAGUGCCUCAAGUAUAUCCACAGAGGACAAUUGAUUUACAACUUGAAACCUACCAUCAGCCAAUUGAAUGGUAUUUAACUGUUGAUAUUGCUGUUUUUGAGAAAUCUCUCAAACAUCCAACAAUUUUGAUGGUGUUUAUUUUGUGUUUGCUUUUGAAUUUGAACUGAUGACAACAAUGUUUCUUGGAUAAAGAAACAAUGGAUAAAGGCAACGCAGAAUGCAAUGGUUGGCCAAACUUUUUUUGAAACAAAGAAUUUCUGAUCCUGAAAUUUAGCAUUUGUAUAUUGUAAAGGCAUUUGUGAUUUUCGUUUUUUUUAAGCUAUGUAUACAUUAAGGCAAAAGGUGUAGUAUGUUUCAUUGUAACAUUACAUGGUACCAUUUAAAUCAGGAUUUUAAUUCAGAACAAACUACUCGCUGAGUGUUAAGAUCUUAAAGUAUUGUAAGGAAAUAAAAUCAGAAUUGUUUUAUUAUAAUUUCAAAUGUAAUUUGGAUGUUAUAAUUUUUUUAAUUAAUUUUAUUAUUAGAAUUUCUGCCCUGUGUUUUUAGGAUAUAAAAUUUGUGAGUUAAGAAGCUGAAAGUGAAUUUAUCUAUAUUCAGGGAAGAAAAGCAAACAACCCAGAUAAUCUAGAUUACUUUUAUAAUUGCAGAGCAAUUAAAAAUUGCAUUUAGUGUGAAAAAUUCGUCCUCCUUACAUGAAGUUAUGACCAUAUAGGGGAGAGCGGGGACUGUUGUAACACUUUUUGCAUUUCCUUCAGUUUCUCAGAGACUGUUUGUAUUGGAAAGCCAAAAUGUUAAUACAUUAAACCCACAUCUCUCAGCUACCCACCCACACUGCUGUAACAUGCGUACAUAUGAUUAUAUACAUACAAUUUAUACUUGAAUAGACAAAGUCAAAUGAUGCAACUGACUCCAGAAGAUGCGACGGUUGCAACAGUCCACAGGGACAGUUGCAACAUUCAUUAAAAUGUAAUAAAAAUAAUUAUUUAACAUAAUUUUGCAAUUUCUUUAUUUGUGCACAGACAGGGUCUUCACUAAGUUAAAUUAACUGUCUAAAGACAAAGACUAGUAAAAGGAAAAUAUCAAGUAACAAUUAACAACCAUGUUUUGGUUCAUUAUUACAAUACAUUUAUUAUAUUUUAAUCUAUAUUUUUUUAAAUCAAAAUCAAGACACUGAAAUUCACUGAGAUGCUUUUGUGUGCUUCUCUGAACUCUCUCUCUCUCUCUCUGUGUGUGUGUGUGUGUGUGUGUGUGUGUGUGUGAAGAACAGAUCAAAUGUAGGUUAUAUUGUGGCCUAGUUUGAGUAUUUACUUAAAAAAGGGGAGAUACCUGGCUAUUGAAAGAUGUAAUUAGUAAUUACUUUUUAGGGUUAUGACAAGCUUUUUCAUCAAUGUUGUCAUAGGGGACAGUUGCAACACACUGACAGCUAUCAUAAAACUUGCUAUGCUAUUGACACAAUAGCCUUGACACAUGGUAGCUAUGCCUUUUAGAAGCUAAGAAAACACUGAUUAAAUUUAUAUGACUUUAUAAUUCUUAACGCAAACAGUUUAGACAGCAUGACAAAAUGCAUGAAAAUAUAUAUUUUUGCUGUAUGAGUAUAAUCACUCUAGCUCAUUCCUGAUUGGAGGAAUAAGCCAUGUUGCAACCGUCCCUGCUCUACCAUAUGGUAAAGUUUUAACUGGAAGUGGGAUUUGGUUAAACUGCCGUUGUAUAUUGACAUUGUUUGACACCAUAAUACUUCGCUUUGACAAAGUUUUAACAAUGCAGAAACAAACAGUGAAAUAAAUUAAUAAUAGCACACCAGGACAUGAAUAUUUAAGGAUUAUGUAGGAACAAAAUUUAAUUCUAACGCGACUGGUGCCAGACUUGGCACACAGAAGUAGUCAGACUUUUAGUGAAGUGUUUUCUCGCUGUAAAGUAUUAACACAGAUCUUGGCAUCCUGUUUAUUGUACUGGAGCCUUUGAGCUUAGGAUAAGACCUAAACUUGAUUUAAUAGAACAAAACUGGUUAAUUCUUGAAAGCAAUCUAAGCUUGAAAGCAGUCUCAAGAGGUAAAGUAAUUAGGCUACAUAUGACAGAACUAAGAAAAGACAACAGCAUUCAUAAAACUUUAAAUCUUUACUAGUUACUCUCAGAAACACCAGUCCUUCAAAAAUAACGUUAAUAUAUUUUAUUCUAAUCACUGCACUUCAGUUUCAGGGCCACAGUGGUGUUGGAGGACACACAGCUAAUGAUGACGGCUGAUAACACAACAUGAUCCACAUGUAAAAAGAGUACAUAAAUCACAAUCUCUGAAAUACUGAUAUGGAUAUGAUGGUACAAAUGUUCAUUGUGAACACAAAUCACAUACAGUCCUACAUAUUAUGCAAAGCCAUCUAAAUACACAAAACAUUGAAACUAAAUCAAAUAUGCAACCAAAGGUUAAGUCUAUCUAAAGUUUGUCCAGUGUAUAGGAGGAUUCCCCUUCAAAUGAAUCCUGAAUUAACAGGUACACCUCGUUUGUGAACUGCAACAAAAUUCAACACUUACACAGACCCUGCUAUUCCUUAGUCUAGAUAAAAAAAACAUAAAGUGUAUUUUAUUUUUUUACUGCAUAUGAAAAUAAAGAACACAAGAUAAGAACACUAAUGUUUAAUUGUUUUCAGGCCACUGAAAAUGUGCUAAUUAGGUUGAUUUUAUAACAAAACAACCACAUAGCAGAAUAUUUAAAUGACUCAAUGUAUAGGAAAGUGUAUGGCUUAGAGAAGGAAAACAGUCUAAUGUACACACAUAAGAUUUUAGGUAUAGCCAGAGGCUAUUUAGCAGGGAUGGACCACUUCUAUUUAAAUGAAUGGGAGAAAUUGGAACACCCAACCAAGCUAUAGCACCCAUCUGAUGUAGAAAAGAAGUCCCGCCUUACUGGUAAAAGUCAGUUAACUAUUAGAUACAGACAUUGCCUGUCAAUCAACUUGCUAAUGCAGAUGCGCAUUAGCUAUACAAGACUGGAAAAUUGCAUUUUAUAGCCUAAUAUGAGUUUAAGAAGCACAAUUUAUGAUUCCAAUAUUAUCACAUUUUAUUGCUGUUUUGAAAAAUGGUCUUUGAUUGUAAUCUUGACCAACCAUUUUUGAGAUUUCAGUGUUCUCCCAUUCAAGUAGAAAGGAGCUGCACUGGCAUGACUGGAAAAAGCCUCCUGAGAGUGUUCCAAAGAUGGCCGAGAGUGGACUGACUUGCUAGAAAGACGUUGGUAAACUUAGUUUCUAGUAAAAAGUAUUAAUAAACCACAAACAAAUCAAUCAAUACCAAUCUAAAUAACACACAUUUUGACAGGUAAAUAAAAAACAAUAUAUAAUUUGUUUCCAGUAAACUAAAAGAAGAAAAAAAAAAAAAAA